GGCGUAUUUUACAGAGCACAUGGUCGACCCUUAACCUUCACCAACGUGGCUUUACAUGCUCUUCAGCUACUUAUACUUCAUUAAUCCCAGACCUGAACCUCUUCCCCCAGACCAAAGUGCAAGAUGAAAUGUUUAUCAGAAAGCAGAGCCCUUGUGGCCAUCAUCCUUUUCAUUCUGGGAAUGGGGACACUUCUUCCAUGGAAUUUCUUCACAACUGCCUUUGCUUAUUUCAAUGAUCGUCUAAAUACAACAAUGAGCAAUGGCACAGAAUCUGGCCAGACAGAUCCAUACAUGUUCAACAACAUGUGUGUGCUGAUUUCCCAGCUUCCUUUGCUGCUGUUCACCCUCCUGAACUCCUUUCUUUAUCAGCAUAUUGCAGAGAAGAUAAGGAUAGUUGGAAGCAUGGUCUUCAUAUUACUGCUCUUCAUCCUUACUGCCGCUUUGGUGAAGGUGAAAAUGGAACAGGACCUUUUCUACAACGUUACGAUGACAACCAUCUGGUUCAUCAACAUGUUUGGGGCAGUGUUACAGGGCAGUCUGUUUGGUCUGGUUGGGAAGCUCCCUCAGAGGUACAGCUCCUUUUUUAUGAGUGGUCAGGCUGUGGCUGGCAUCUUCUCUGCUGUUGCCAUGUUGAUUUCACAGAUAUCUGAAGUAGACAAUGAGAAUGCGGCUUUGGGCUACUUUGUGACCCCCUGUGCUGCUACACUCCUCACACUGUGCUGUUACCUGCUGCUGCCUCACCUGAAAUUUGCCCGUGAUCAUUUAGAAGAUGGGCCUGGUAACAAAGAGGACACCAAGAAAGAGGGAAUUCAAAAGGAGAGCGUGACCUUGGUCAAGGUGAAGCUCAGUGAGCCUGCCUAUGGUCCAAACUGCAGUGGUCAGAGCAAUUCCAAGACUGCUGAUAUAAGAGAGAAGCAGGAAGAGCAGUAUGAAGAGAAGUCACCAGUGCUAGCAGUCCUUAAAAAGAUUUGGGUCAUGGCCUUGUGUGUGACCUGUGUUUUUAUGGUCACCCUCUCAGUUUUCCCAGCCAUCACUGUGCUGGUGCAACCAGAUGCCCUCUUUACAGGGAUAUGGGCGGACAUUUUUACUGCCCUCUGCUGCUUCCUGGUCUUCAACGUAAUGGACUGGAUUGGCCGAAGUGUUACCUCAGUUGUUCAAUGGCCCUCAAAGGAGAGCCGUCUCUUCCCGAUCCUUGUGGUGGCCCGACUGAUCUUCAUCCCAGCGUUCAUGUUGUGCAACAUUCCAUCUCACCGUCUAUCAGGAGUUUUCAAGCAUGAAUUUGCCUAUAUACUUGUCAUGUCAUUGUUUGCUAUGACAAAUGGGUAUUUUGCCUGUCUCUGCAUGUCCUAUGCACCACAGUUGGUGAGGCCUAAAGACGCAGAGACGACUGGGGCUCUGAUGACCUUCUUCCUGGCUUUGGGGUUGUCCCUUGGAGCUGCACUCUCUUUUGUGCUGAAAAUGUUAAUAUAGUUUUCACUGGUGACUCUCCAAGCAUGAGUCAUGCUUUUAUGAUGUCUGUGUGUGUAUAUGUGUAUCCAAGCAUGACUCAGAAAUGACUCAUGCUUUGCUUUUAUGAUCUGUGUUUGUGUGUGUGUGUGUGUGUGUGUAUAUAUAUAUAUAUAUAUAUAUAUAUACACGCACAGUACAGUACACGUUUUAGACUCCUAAUAAAAUAAUUAAAAUAAAAAUUAGAAUAGAUGCAGAUAAACGUAAAGAUAAAUACAAUAAAAAUAUGUGAUAAAUACUUUUUUAUGUAAAUUUUUACCAUUUAUAUACAAUUUUCUCAGGUGCCUAAAACAGUUGCACAGUACUCUAUUUUGUGGGCUCAGGAUUGGCAAAUCUGCCAUUAAAUUGUGCAUGUUACACGAUCCAAAAAAGAAAACAAUUCUGGCUAUAUACGUUUGACAGAAUGCCACAGUUAGGCUAGCUGGACUAUUUAUACGGGUUAUAAAGAAGACCGCUGCAGUCCUUUGGCCGAUUUUAGAUUCAAAGCAUCUUUUGAUCUUCGCUUGUAACACUGAAACUCUGGCACUUACUCACUCAGUCACUUUCUCUUUAACUCACUCCCUCUGUUACUCUCUUUCUCUGUCCCUUUACUCCUUUUUCUCUCACUCUUUGUGAAUAGAUGACUGAUUAGACCUGGCUGUACACCCCCUAUGAAAUGGUAGCUAAAAAACAGCUGCAGUUGAAAGACUUUAAAGAUUAGGUUGUUUUAUGAACAUUAUAGUUUUUAUAUCACGCAAAUCUUUUUUCAGCAAUCCACCACUGUUUUUUCUUAGAUUCCAAUUAAGACACUAUGAUCUUUAACACGCUCAAAUGAUGAUCUUUAACAUGCUCAUUUUUUAACUGUUACUGAUAACUCAGCGUCCUGCUCGGAAGAAUUUCAUUACGAAGUCCUUAAUGGCCUAUAGCUUAUAGAAAAUUGUUAAUUUACUACCAUGUGGUCAAAUUAUGAAAUACAGGUUUUUUUAAAAGUGUAUAUAUAUUUAACUCAAACUGUUUAAAAACACGAUCGACCUAUGUCUCUAAGAGAAUUACUCUUGCAAGAUCUAAAAAAAAGAUCUGUUAGCAAAUAUGAGAACUGUAUAGCCUAAACUUAUUGGGACAGUGUGGGCAAAAUUCAUUUGCAUGAUAUUGUAACCAAAUAGUACGAGUGAAAUAAUCAGAAAGAUUGUGCCAGUUACUUCAGGGACAUGCUCUCAUGACAGGGAAUUUUUAUUUGUUUAAAUUAUUGAGUGCCUUUUUUCAUUGUAUGUUUUUAUAAGUGUUUUUAAUGUUUUUGAUACAUUUUUAUAUACAGCUUUUUUACAUUUUUAAUGGAUAUGUAAUCGCUGUCCAAAAAAAUAUGUCUCCAAAAUGUUAACUUUACAGGACAAUACAAAAACAUUUCUAACUUUAAAUGCAAGCUGAAGUAAAGAUACUAUUUUUAAGUGAUUUUGGAACAUUUCUACUAGUCCAUUCAUCAUGAAAAUUUCAGACAACGUAAAGGGCAGCUGCUGUAUUCAAAUGAUGCAGAAAAGUAAAAAACUGCAUAAAAUGGAGAAACAGUUUAUUCAAAUUUUUUUUUGGACAGCGACAAUAUAUUUGUGCUUUUUCUAUAUACAUGUCUUGUAUUUUCUUUGUUAUUAAUACACUGUUUUUUUAUUACUCAUUAGUUUAUAUGAUAACUAAACACUUGGUGAAGUGCUUGGAUUGAGAAUUACCUGUGGUGCUAACUGUUGUUAAGUUAACCAGCUGUACAGAUAUUGUACACCACCCCUCAUGACUCUCACAUUUGUUACAGUUUGGUAUUUGGGAUUUUUAAUACUUGUGUGAACAUGCAUACACACAAAAUUAAAUAUCAGGUCAAUUUAAAAUUAUAAAGCAGUUUGUUUCACAGAGUUUUUGUUACCGUAACAAAGUUGUAAUUUGCCUUAAUUUUAUGUUGACCUGACAUUUUAGCUUUUUAUAGUGUAUGCUCAUUUUCUAUCAACAUAGUGUUCUUUCAAUGCUGUUUUUUUGUCAUUCUAUACUAGAAAUCUGGGUAUAUUAUUAUUGUACAGAAUUGUAUUAUUGUAAUAUUGUACAGAAAGUAGGCCUGUUUAAAACUGGACAAGCUAUGUUACAACACAAAACAACUGUCUACAUAUAAAUCACAUUUUCUUUAAAAUAAGGCAGCUUUGAAGAAGGCAGGUUGCUUGCACUGAGUCAGGACAAAGGGAAAACAAAAAUGUGACAGGUUUACAAAUAAAUUUGAUUUUAUGUCAUCA